AUGAACUGCAGCGAGGCGCGGCGGCUGCAGGCGCUGCUCGGCGCGCUGCUGCGGGAGCUGCGUCCCGCCGGCAACGCCAGCGUGCCCGCCCCGCCGCCCGCCGGGGCCGGGGCCGGAGCCGGGGCCGGGGCCGGGCCGGGGGGCGACGGCUCGCUGUACAUCCUGCUCAUCAUGAUCUUCUACGGCUGCCUGGCCGGGGGGCUCAUCCUGGCCUACACCCGCUCGCGGAAGCUGGAGUCCAAGCACGACCCCUACCACCUCUACAUCGAGCGCGACUGGGGCCGCGGCGGCGGCGGCCCGGGACAGGCGGCCGAGGAGGGCGGCCCCGCCGAGGGGCAGCGGCUGAUGUGA